UCCUGCUGCCCUUCGGAUAUCGUCGUUCAGCAAUCAUGAGAUUCCUCUUUUUAAUCCUUGUUGUGACACCCGUGCUGGGAAGGGAAUUUCACAGCCACAUUCGCGAACGCAGACAAGCGCAGAAUCCCAAUUACCGAGCUUACAAUCAAGCACCGGCAGCGAUCAAACAGAUAUUAGCCGCACAGCAGUAUCGCGAUCCAAUCGUUCAUCUUCCACCACAACCGGUGCCAAAUUUCGCUCCUUCAACUCCCAUUGAGCCUCAGUACUUGCAGCAGAACCAGCUAACUCAGUAUCGACCGAACAUACAAAUAGGUCAAGCGCCUCAGCAGCCAACCUAUAAGCAGAUUCCCGUAAGACCAGCUCAAUACAAUCCGCCGCCCGGCGCCGCAGCUCCUCCACAACAAUACAAUCAACAAUAUCGUAACAACUACGCACCGCAGCCGCUGCCACAGCAGCAAGUUGGUCAGCCUAAUUAUCAGUAUUCCAGGAAUCUGCCGCCACAGCUUCAGCAGCUCGUGCAGAUUCAACAAAAUCUACCUAAUGCGAUUCCGCAAGGACAUCAAGGAUAAUCUGCCUAAUUAGGGUAUUAGGACGAUAUCUAUCUAAAAUCGCUGUUUCCUUCUUCCAAGAACGUCAAUCAUUUCUCAUGAAUUCAUAAUCUUUUCGUAAUCCUUAUAAUCCUAAAAUGCAAAAGUAACUGUUGUUUACUCUUUUUUGUGCUCUUAGAAUACAUGU